CUUGUCUUUAAGCCUUUGGAAGAAAGAAGAAAAUGGAAAUGAAGAAACGCAGGGGACUGAUCAUUGCCUGCUGCCUAUUUUCACUUGCUUUACUUGCAGGAGGUGCAUACCUCCCUCAGAACAAGAAGGGAAACUGCACCUACACAGUCACAAUACAAACAUCAUGCACCAAGGGUGCCGAGACAUCAGACUAUGUCAGCCUGAGAUUUGGUGAUAUAAAAUCUAAUGACAUUGUAGUUCAACACCUGAAUUCCAAGCAUGUAAGGAAGUUGGAUCCAUUGCAGCCUGCUGUACUUGACGAUAUUCCCACAAAACCUUUCCAAGCUUGCUUGGUAGACGAGUUUCAAGUGACAGGCCAAUGCGUGGAAUCGCCAAUUUGCUAUCUGUAUCUCAAGCUAUCCGGGAAUGAUGAUUGGCGACCAGGAUUUGCACAGGUUGAGUCAUUGGAAGAGUCUCAUCUCAGCUCAAGAUACUUCUAUUUUCGAAGAUAUCUGCCUCGGAAUGUUUGGCAUGGUUCUGAUUUGUGUGAUAAAGAGGUCACUCCCUUCGGGAUCAAGCACAAGAGGAAGGUCCUUGCGAAGAAACCAGCAGCUGAAAGGUUGAUGCCAUAAAUCAGUUUGGCUGUGUGUGUGUGUAUAUAUAUAUAUAUAAGAAUUGUUGUUUUUGAGUACUUGGAUA